CGUUUUAAGGCGCUAGGCUUUCACAGCUUCUAAAGGGCGCUAUAGACAAAGAAUGGUUUCCAAUGAAUUUCGUUCUAGGAAGGUUGUGUUAUGAUGUUUACAAAAGAUUAAGAAUAUUGGAAUUGUUAUUGACAUGACAGAAUUCGAUAAGUUUGGUCGUAGAAGGAAAUUUCAAAGAGAAUUAUAUACUCCUGGAAGUGGUCCUCUACGGAAAUCAGGAAAAGAAGAUACACCUCCCAGAGAUGGUGCUUAUAGGAAUAUCGUAGAUUAUAAAAGUGGUCCUUCAACUGAUAGAGCAGCAGAGCUUAGCAAAGUUACUGAAAAACUAAAAGAGAUUUCUUUAACAAAUUCGAAUGGUGUUAAUGAGCCAAGAAGCAAUGAUACUUCAAGAAGAAAUAGGAAACCUGACUGUGAACUUUAUGUACCCAAACCGGUUGCUGAAGCCUAUGCCAGUCGUCAGAGAGGAAGGGAUUCGAAAAGUCAAGAAAAACUGGAGACUCGGCCAGAGUCUGAAUUGAGUAAAAAUUUUGAUUCAGUUCAAGCAAAUUCAAACAGUGACCGGAGAAGAAGUCAAGAUAGGUCGGUUAGAAGGAGGGAUAGGAGAAAGAAAACUAGAAGUUGUAUAAUUGAAGAUGAUAAUGCUAGCAGUGAAGAGAAAAGUCAAUCAUUACAGAAGUACAAGUCUCGUGAAUCAAUAUACAAUGAAGAUAGGGAUUAUUCUCGAAACAGAUCGGUACGUCAAGGCUCUGAACCAGCACCUGUAACAUACGCACAAGACAGAUUGAAAGAUUUAAGAAGUAUUGACACUUCUAUGUACGCACCAGAUAAAAAUAAUUCUAAACCUCCACUUGGAAGAAGGGGAAGUUUAAGUAAAACUGGCAUGAAACUUCCUGCUACUUUUGACUGUCUACCUCCAAGAUUACAGAAGAAGUAUAUUGCUGAAAAUGCUAUUCAUGAUCUCAAUAAGACAUCCUCUGUUGGAAGCAAUGUAGAAAAUAGUAGAUGGGAUGGACACAGUUUAACUUUUCAAGGAAAACCAGGAACUCGCAAUGAUCAGCAGCAAAAUAUGAAAAAUCCACCAGUAGAUAAAAUUUCAAGAGGUUUUGCAGAAUGGUCUAAAACUCUCCCUACUCCUGUUCGUUCGAAAGGAAGAGGUAGAUUGAAUCGAGAAAGUCAUGCUGAUCUAUAUGAGCCAUUGCGGCAUUCCCGGUCACUUACUCCUGAAAAACUAAAUGAUAGCCGAUUUGAGAAUGCUCCUAAUGAACUAGAAAUCAGUCCAAAUCAAGGAAAAAUAAAAACAAAUGAAAAAGAGAGUAGAGUUUUUAGGGAAUUGUCUGAUUCUGCUCAGAUUACUUCUGAAAACAAAAAGGACAAAAUGGGAAAUAGAAGUAAUGUGAUUGAUAACUGUGAAGAAACAAGAAAACCGUCUGAAUGUUCUGAUACAGAGAAUGUUAUAGAUUGGGCUGCUGAAGUGGAAAGGUGUGAGCAGCAAGAUACUAUACCUCUUUCCCGUUCUAAUUCAAGAGAGUCUUUCGCAGAGCCAGCACAGCCACCUCAAAAAGAGAGAAAGAAAAGAAAAAAACGGUAUAUCUGUUUAACUAUAAUUGUAUCAAGCAUGCCUCCUGAUAACCCAGAUAUAUUUUUCAAGCAUGCAGCUAAGGAUAAAAAUGACAGAGGUAAGAACUGUGAAGAUUUGAACACAAAUUUAAUUCGUCGUGGAUCAAUGGAUAGUAUUUCAAAUUAUAGCCGAAACAACAGCAUCGAAAGAAACUGGCGGGAACGGAGUAACAAUGAUGGUCGUAGUAGGAAAAAUUCAUCGUGUGACAAUCGGAGUCGACAGAGCAGUAUUGACAGGAGAGAAAAUUUCAACAACAGAUACCCAAGAAGUAGAAAAAAUUCUUCUUGUGAUAACCGGAGCAGACAGAGCAGUUCGGACCGGAGGGACAGGUAUUUCGGCGGAAAUGGAAGAACUCGUCAUGGAAGGGAAGAAGGUGGCGGUGGCGGAGGUGGUAGACGUCGAGGAAAAAGUAAAGAUGAUAGAAAAAUACCGAGACUCCUCGAAGAGACUAAUUGGCGCCUAGAACAAGAGAUCAUCUCUCGAGAGAAGGAAAAAACUAGUCCCAAUGCUAACAGCAACAGCAGCGGAAAACAGGCCGGAAUUCUUAUUCUUCCUCAGCCUUUAAUGGAAGGCCAAAAUGCAAAUGUUCGACAUGUUCAGACGGCUCUUCCAGCAUCUCAUAAAAAACUCUUUGAUCCGAGUAAUCCUGAUAAACCAAUAGUCGUGUCGAACAUGAGACAAGCGACGGAAGAUGACCAAAAGUUUCUUUGUAACGGAUUUUAUCCAGAACUUCCGAUGCUCAUUAAUGCCAACAUGGCUGAACAGAUGACGAGUGUUAAGCCUAUUUGGUACAAUCCAUUUACUGAAAAUUUUCAGGCAUCUCAUAAUCCACAUCUCAUUCGUGCUAUUGAACAAGCUGAUUGUGAAUUACAAUAUUUGCUCUCUACCGGUGAAUUGUUGAAGUACUGGGAUCGGAUGCAAUUAAUCAGGGUGUUCCUAAAGGAUGCUUUGAAAACCUUGCUGCUGACUGAUCUGAGGUUCUGUGAAGUUGAAAAUGUUGAACAACACUUAUGGAAAAUAUUGUAUUAUAAUGUUAUUGAAUUAUUGAGAAAGCUUAUGGUCGAUCAUCCCGAAUCCAAGGAAUCUUAUAGACAAGCAUUAUUAAAUAUUAUCGAUGAGGGUUCUGAAUAUUAUGAGCAACUUUUAAAUGACCUGGAAGCUUCAAAUAAUAAUAUUAAGAUUGAAAUAUUUCUGAACACACCAAUCUGUAUGCGAGAAAAUUUGAAGUACAACGUGCUUCCGUUGAUCGCUGCCCAGAAGAUUUUCCUCAGUCUUGGGGACCUAACACGUUACAAAGAACAAGCUAACGAAACUUGCAAUUAUGGUUUAGCUCGUCAGUGGUACAUGAAAGCUCACCAGAUCAACCCUAAGAACGGUAGACCUUAUAAUCAACUUGCCAUACUUGCCUUAUAUACGAAACGUAAACUGGAUGCAGUUUAUUACUACAUGAGAUGUCUUAUGUCAUCGAAUCCCAUAACUGCCGCCAGGGAGAGUCUUAUUUCAUUAUUUGACGAAAGUAGGAAGAAAUACGAAGCCGUGGACAAGAAGAGGAAAGAGGAAAAAGCUAAGAAGGAACGUGAAAAAAUGAAAGAAAAAGAAGGAGGUGGUGGUAUAAGGAGGGAAAUAUGGAUUCAUCCCGGUGGGAGAAAAAAUAUGCACCGAACCACUUCUACUUGUAAAGCAGAUUUCGAUUCGGAAGAUGAACAACUGUAUUCCGCUUCUAAUAUAGAGGUCAAUAAAAGAUUUGUAGUCAGUUAUCUUCAUGUACAUGGAAAGAUUUAUACAAAAAUAGGGUUAGAGAGCUUGACUGAAACAGCUGUGCAAAUGCUGAAGCAAUUCAGAGCUCUGCUGCACCACACUCCGAUUCCGUUAAAUAGCAAUCGAUUCCUACAGCUUUUUGCAUUAAACAUGUUUGCAAUAGAAAUAUCUCAGCCCAAAGGGGACAUGGUGAGCAGCGAGGGAGGUUGCUACCGCUCAGCCACUCAAGAAAGUGCUAUAGUAAUAUCUUUACAGAUGUUCAAUUUGCUUCUUGAGAGGUUCGUUCAACUUCUGAAGGAAUACCUCAAUGGGGCAGACCGUGCUCCCACGAUACUUCCUCCCGAUUGCCUCGAAAUUCUUCCUGCUUUAAAAGUAUGGUGUGAUUGGUUGAUGACUCAUGUAGAAGUUUGGAAUCCACCUCCUUCCUGUCAGGAUUACAAAGUUGGGCCCCCAGAUGAUUGCUGGACAAGGAUAGCAACGGUGGUAAAUUUAUUGGAGAAACUUGAUUACAAAGGUCAUCUUCUUACUACUGAAAAUAGACCUGACCAUGAACUUGUUUACUUAAAUGAGGACGCCACCCUCUCUGGGUUCACUCCAUUGAUGGCCAACAUACACGAACCUAUCUAUAGGCAUAAGGAUACUGAUUUGGAUUUAGCGCAAAUAAGCUUAAGAAUUCACAAACUUGUUUUCUUUGGAACUGUAUUUCUUUGCGGUAUUGAUCCUCCCGUUCUUAAAGUCCAUAAGACGGAGUCUGGAGAAUCGGAAUACGUCUCUGUCGUCGAUACCGAAAGUUCUCAAGAACAAGCUCUGUUAGGUGACAACGAGACUUGGAGUGAAAGUGAGGAUUCCGGAAAAGAGACUGGUCCUGAAGAAAGCGAGGGUGAGGUUCUAGGGUUAGCUGCUCGAAGACGUCAGUUACAACAGCAAGCCACUCAUCGGCUAUCUCAAAUGGCUCGUAUUACCAAUGCUCUUACAGAAAUGGAAAUUAGGCCUCAUGACCUGGUACCAGACACAAAUUGUUUUAUCGAGUGCUUGCCGGAAUUGGAAACAGUUCUGAGAGUGCUUCCCCAUCCGCAGCAUCCUUACGUCCUCAUGGUUCCUCUUGUCGUUGUAAACGAGUUAGAAGGUCUCUCUCGUGGCUGUAAACCCAGUCAGAGCGUUCAUCAUUCUGCACUUGUUCGGGAGACUGCGAAGGCAGCAAUGGCUUUGUUCCAGAAAAAACAUCCUGCCUUGAGAACUUGCACGACUCGUGGAACUAUUCUCUCCUCUACGACAUUUACUCAUGAAGAGGACACAGGAGUCGAAAUGACAAAUGAUGACAAAAUAUUAACCACAUGCGUCAAUCUGUGUAAAACAUCCAAUAAAGAUGAAAUAAAAGAAGGUGGAAGGAGAAAGCUCUAUCGUGAUGUUGUUCUUCUGACUGAAGACAGGAAUUUGGUUCUGAAGGCGAUGGGUAGGGACAUGCCUGUGCGAUCACUUCCAGAUUUUAUUCGGUGGGCUGGUCUCGGUUAAUGAUUUUAUGACAGAAAAUGUCUUUGUCUUUUGGCGUAUCCAUGAUCAUUCUGAGACUGUCUGAAGGUUAAAAGUCAUCAGUUAAAAACUCAAUCUAAUACAAUGCAAACACUUAUUCAUACUAUAAAAUUAAGUACCUGAGAAUUCAACCUUCAGUUCAACAAAGUUUUAAAUUGGUGUAGUGCACUUGGCUGUGGUUAAGACAGACGGUUCGCCGAUUGUGUUGAGCACAUAAGCCUCACCUUGAUUCCGCUGCUUCUCCUAAUCCACCGGCAAAGACGGAUUCUGCACUUGGUCGUUCUUGAUCGUAUUGUACCUUCACUUUUUUCCGGACUUGAAACCAUUCUUUUUAUAUAUAUAAUAUAUGUAUACCAUACCUGUUUUCUUAACAUGUCGUCAUUCCUGUGAAGCUUUCGAUGAAAAUCUGUUGUUCAUUUAAAUCUAAUUAAAACUUUGAAGGUGAAUUAAAACUUCUUUUUUUUUUUUCAUUCAUUUUUACACUAACUUGAUUGAGAUGGUUAUGUACUUAAUUUUAGAUAUGUGUAUAUAGAUAUAUUGUUGAAUAUUGACUGGGUCAUAACUGAUACUCUUCGUUUUUUUUUUU